ACCAGAGCGUCGUACAGCAAACAUGGCGGCCUCCGGUGGAAGAACCGUGGGAUCUUUUCUCUGGAAAUGUGGAAAUUGCUGCUUCAAUUUUAACACAGUCUCGUCCAAUUUAACUCGCCAGGUGCUGUCCAGACAGCUAUGUGUGAGUGCUGUGCUCCACAGGAAGAACCUGGCUGCAGCAGGCCCAGAGAAGUUCUCAGAGGAGUUCAUCAAGAAGCAGGUGGAGGAGUUCAACAUCGGGAAGAGACAUCUAGCCAACAUGAUGGGAGAGGACCCUGAGACCUUCACUCAGGGGGACAUUAAUAGAAGCAUUGCAUACCUGUUCCCCUCCGGCCUGUUUGACAAAAAAGCCAAACCACUGAUGAAGCAUCCGGAUGAGGUGUUUCCAAAACAGAGAGCUGUCCAAUGGGGUGCAGAUGGACGGCCAUUCCACUUUCUGUUCUACACAGGAAAGCAGUCCUACUACUCUCUAAUGCACGACACCUUCACUAAAGCCUUGGCAGUAGAGAAGCACCAGGACCGUCUGAGAGGAAAGGAUCUCUUCACCCAGGAUGCCAAGCAGAUUUCUCUGGUGGGUAGUCGGUGGUUGCUGAAAGAAGAGCUGGAGGAGUUGUUGGUGGAGACCAUCUCAGAACACGAUUAUGCACGGUUCAUCCAGCUGAUGGAGAGGUUGCUGUCUCUGCCCUACUGCUCUGUGGAGGAGGACUUUGUCCAGCGCUACCGCAGACAGCUGGAGAUCCAGUCCUCCAAGCAGCAGGUCCAGCCCCUCCAGUACGACCAGCACGGAGUGGCUUACAGCACCGGAGAUGGCAGAAGGAAGACCGCUACGGGUACUGUCCUACUGAGAGACAGUGGUUCAGGAUCCAUCAGCAUCAACGGGACAAACUAUGUCCACUACUUCCCUGUCCUGCAAGACCGAGAGCAGUUGAUGUUCCCCCUCCACUUCAUGGGGGUGCUGGGGAGAUUUGACAUGCAGUGCAGUGUGAGUGGCGGGGGCCAUUCCAGCCAGGCGGGGGCGCUACGCCUUGCCAUCUCCCGCGCCAUGCUCAGCUUCCUGUCUGAGGGACAGGUGGAGACCAUGAGACAAGCUGGGCUGCUGACCCCUGACCCCAGAAUUAAGGAGAGGAAGAAGCCGGGCCAGGAGGGAGCAAGGAGGAAGUUCACCUGGAAGAAACGCUGAGGUGGAGGACAGAAUAGAACUGGACACAGGGAAAUCACAGCAACAUCUUCAUCAUUAUCUUCCUCUGAGAUCAGAACUGUUAUUAGUAAGUGGACAAAUUGUUCAUCCAACCCCUGUUGUAGCCUUUUAUAUGUCCCCUAAAGGUGUUUUAGAUCUGGAAAUAGCCACCAAGUACAUGACUUAAAUACAUGUACAAAUUCAAAGGGGUUCUGUCCAUGCGAGGGCAGGAUACCCAACUCCAUAUAGGCUGUAAUGGUUUUUUUUCUGCCACCAGAGGGCCAUUUCUGGCAACACACCUGUCCAUUGUCUUUGUCUGUAUAUUGAAAAUAAAAUGUUGUUUUUCACAUA